GCCCCCAAUUAUCCAAAACACCAAACCCUAAAACCUUCAUUGAAUCAAUCUCAAUGGCGAUGAUUCAGUGAAGAAGAUUACCCACUCUCCUCCACAAUUCCCUCAUCCCAUUCAAUAAUUCCUCAAUCAAUUUCCCCUUCCCCCCCUUCCUAAACCCCAUUUCUCUCUCCUCUCCCAAAAUGGCCCUGCCUCAGCUCCUGCAUUCUCCUCCAUCUCCAUCGCCAUCGCCGUCGUCCUCCACCUCCCUAAUCUCCCCCAAACCCCAAUUAAACCCCGCCCGCAGUUUCCUCUCCCCACCGCUCCGCCGUCGCCCCCAUCCCCUGUCGUGCGCCGCCUCCUCGUUCCCGGAGAAGCACCACACAAAUCCUAAAUCCGACUACGCGGCGGAGCUCCCCCUCUUCCCCCUCCCCCUCGUCCUCUUCCCUGGCGCCGUACUCCCCCUACAAAUCUUCGAAUUCCGGUACCGCAUGAUGAUGCACACCCUCCUCCACACCGACCUCCGCUUCGGCGUCAUCUACACCGACGCCUCCACCGGCACCUCCGACGUCGGCUGCGUCGGCGAGGUCGUGAAGCACGAGCGCCUCGUCGACGACCGAUUCUUCCUCAUCUGCAAGGGGCAGGAGCGGUUCCGCGUGAAUCGAUUGGUCCGCACCAAACCCUACCUCGUCGGCGAGGUGACCUGGUUGGAGGACCGCCCCUCGGCCGGCGAGCUCCACGACCUGGACGCCCUCGCCGGGGAUGUCGAGAGCUACAUGAAGGAUGUGAUCCGCCUCUCGAACCGCAUAAAUGGGAAGCCUGAGAAGGAGGUGCAGGAUCUGCGGAAGAACCUCUUCCCCACGCCCUUCUCCUUCUUUGUGGGAAGCACCUUCGAGGGGGCGCCGAGGGAGCAGCAGGCGCUGCUGGAGCUCGAGGAUACGGCUGUGAGGUUGAAGCGAGAGAAGGAGACGCUCAGGAAUACCCUCAAUUACUUGACGGCAGCGUCUGCGGUCAAGGAUGUGUUCCCCUCGACAUAGCAAUAGCAAUAGCAAAUGUGUACUUACAGCGUAGAAGACGCUAAAGACCUCGGAGCCGGUGCGGAUGAGCCAGGCCUCGCCAUUCCUCUCGAAGAAGGCGGCGAUGACGAGGAACUGGAGGAUCCCGAAGAAGCACUGGUAGGAGGUGAAGGAGAG